AUUCAUGUAUUACUUUAUCAUAUACACUAAUCCUAAUAUUUUAUAUGUGAAAGUAAGUUUGUUACCUUUUCAUUCUCUAUCUACUUAACUAAUCUUCCUGAAAUCUCAAUCAUACAUGUCGUUUUUUAAACUACAGCACGGAGAAGGACGAGUAGGGUACAAUUUAUCCUGGAUAAAACAACUGUUUCUGAGAUAUACACACAGUGUUUUGGUCAAAGUUAAAAAAUGAUAAUAAUAAGAAAAAUAGUUUCCAUGAUAAAAUUGAUUAUUCUAUCAAUAUAAACCUAUAAAAACUUUUUAAUUUUUACUUCUUUUAUUUGACAGACGUCAUUCAGUAAAAAGCACGUCAGCUUCAUCUACAAACAAUAUGUCAACAAAGAUCAAUUUAGUUUUCAACGAUUUUUAGUUAUAAUCAUACAAAAUGCAUACAGUGGCAUUGCCCCGCACAUGUCUCGGCUUCACAAACUUUCUAUUUUUCCUGUUCGGCAUGAUAGGUUUCUUCAUUUGUCUGUGGUGCUCCUUGAACCCCAACUUGUUCAAAGACGUGAACUACACAGUGACGAAGAGUUCCAUAGUCGAUAGCAUCGCGGAUUUCCUCAGUUUGAAGUUGUGGUAUACGCCAAUGACGUCCAUUUUGAUACCCAUCGCUUUUGUCACAAUGUUGACCUCAUGCUGCGGCAUAUUAGGCGCUGGCUGCCGCAUGAAGUGCGCCAUCAAAUCCUACGUGUUCCUAGCUACGGUGCUCUCGUCUAUCGCUUUCUGGAUAUUCUUCAUAACUGGAAUCUACAACAUCUACUCGGACAACCAGAAAACAAGAUUAUACUUGGAACGGUCUUUAAUUUUCGAUUAUGGAAAAGAAAGUGAUAUGAUAACAUUUUUAUGGAAUUACACAAUGCAGAAUUAUGAGUGCUGCGGCGUCAACGGAUACAGGGACUUCAAUAAUUCCCAGUGGCAUAGACACAAUCCUGUCAAAUUAUACCCUAUUCAAUGUUGCAAGUUACUAAACAGAGACAACCUGACACCUGUCUCACAAAACUGCACUUUGGUCGACGAUGCCUCAAUUGAGUCGUACAAAAAUGUCGGCUGCUUUCUGGCACUGAGGCGUGCUAUAAUCGAGAACAAAGUACUGCUGAUUUUCUACAUCGUGUUCCUUGGCACACUAUAUUCGGCUUUGACGUUUUUCGCGUACUGUAUCAUCAGGGGCGAGCCGUUGAUUAAAGCUAUUUCGGGCGGAUUUACUUUCUUGCCUGCGAGAAACGUGCCAGAGACCAUAGUGGAAAGGAAGCACUCUUACGACACUAUGUCGUAUAUGGAGGAGCCUCCGAAGAAAGUGGUGAAGGUUGUGUCGUCAGCGAAUCCGUUCCAGACGUAUAAAUACGCUCCGAGUGCGCCGAUCGCUCCAAGCGCGUACGACCACGGCCACCUCAGCAAUACUUAUCCCCAAUAUAUUGGACGCCCGAUGUAGAAUUUUUUAAUUAAAUUAUGUUUGUAUGA